AUGCAAGAUGCACUCUGGGAGGUGGCUCCGGAAGCCGGUGUAGUCGCAUCAGCUGGCGUGGUUGGAGGUUCAUUGCUCAAAGCACUCGAUUCCUUUGGUGCCGUGGCCACAGGCAUAUCCGGUGCUGCAGUUGGUGCCGUGUCUGCCACAGCUGGUGCUCUGGCAGCCAAGGCCCUGACCGAACGCAAUGAGCGUGCAGCCAUUGAAAAACGUUUGUUCGAGGUAAAGCGACAUGCCCCGCAAAGCAGUCCUCUGUCCUUGGAGCCCUUGUUGGCUGUCCGGCAAAUGUUUGAAGCCAUCGACUGGUGUCUGGCCAAUGAGGAGAGGCAUUGGACACGCCAAGGUCCGGCAUCACUGGCUUUCAGUUGCUUUUCAGGAGAGGGGACACGCGGCGGUCCCUCGAAGAAUGCAAGCACAUCCGCAGACAAGGAUUAUCGCAAGCAUUUGAAGAAGGUGCGCGGGUUGUGUUCUCCCACACCACUGCGUGGCCAAGCUCGCGGAAGGUCGCAGCAAAACAAGAAGGAUGGAGCUAAAAGCAUCGCAAGUGAAGCCGGGAUGAUUUCAGGAUUAAGCGUGCCAGGAAGCAGCCAAGCUUAUGAGCGUCUCUUCAACCCACAGUGGGGGACCGUUCGAAGCAAGCAAGGGGUUUGUGCUGCCUUGGCAUACCUGGUCAGCCAGUUUCUCGAGUUAAGGCAUUGUCCGAAAGGAAAUCUGCUUGAUGGUGAGAGGAGCUCGCUCAGACUGGCCGUGACAUCUUUGGCUCGACAUCACAUAUUCGACGAAGAAGACAAAGCAGCGCACGCGCUGAAAGUCACGCGCCUCCUUCUUCCGAGUGGAACUGCUGCAGAGCCGGACGAGAUUGAGGAAGCAGAGGAGAAGCGGUGGAAGACCCAGCCUGACCAGGAACAGGAGUUCCGUGCCGCAGCCGUGGCCUUGGUCUGCUUGUUGGACGCAGCACUGGCCUGGCGGCCAUCUGAUCCGCUAGGAUGGAUGGGCCAGGCAGAAGAUGCAGAGGGCGCAGUUCUGGCCCGCGAGAAGGGCGUUUGUUCCUUCCCGAUCUUUGCCAGCAAGGUCCGCAGAUGUCUCAAGAAGGCGAGCGCCGGUUGCUCAAUUACCUGGCGUCGGUUGGAGGUGCAUCUGGAUGCCGUAAGGACCAGAGCUCUUCCAGAACCUUGGCCUUGGAUUUGGGUUCUGAACGAGGAGGCGUCCAUGCUUGUGCGGAACCGGACAAAAGUGCCACUCCGCGUGGAGCUUCACCAACCGAAGGGCGCGCAGCUCUCUCCGUUGGCAGAUUUGCCGCUUUUGAAGCCAGUCCUGCAUUGGCUUCGUGGCAAAGCAGCACCGAUUCUAGCAGCUGACGUCAAGCCUGGAAUCGAGUGGGCCUUGCGGCCGAAGGUGAAAGAAGGGCGUGACUUCAGAGUCAAACUGCUGACAGCUGCCGGCGUGCUUGUUUGUACUCGGCCUCUGCGCCGUGGGCAAUCUUUUGAUUUUCACGUGCCUGUACCACCGCCUCCUGCACAACUGCGAGUGUCUGCUCUCGCAUCGAAGCGGGACAGCAUGGAAGCUGGACCAGUCUGCCGGAUCAAGGUUAUGGACGAGGCGGCCAAGGCCUUUGGUGUUAAGGAGCACGAUGAAGAUCACGAUGGUUCCGUAUGCUCGACGACAGCUCCAUCCUUUUCCUCGGGACGUGUAAGCUUUGCCAGCACCUCAGCGUCCAGCAAUUGGCCUCCCAGCGCAAGCUUGGCCAUACCGGGUGCCAGACCACGAGUCAGGUCUGCACAGGAGGAGAUGCAAGCCAAGCUGGAAGACAGAAGACGCAAAAUCGAAGGACUACCCCCUGUCCUUUCAUGCGCAGAGGACGAGGCACCUGCAGAAGUCAACGAAGUACAGGAAGGGCGAGGUGACGCACGAGGGCCCGCAGGGGAGCAAAAAGCAGAUGCUCCAGCACCAGCUGUUGCAGGACUUCUCACUGCCAUUGAGGGCUUUCGCACCUGCCUGUGCCCUCGCUGCCUGCACUCAAUGCCGUUGAGACGACACCGGCCAAGGGCCGCCAUCUAUGAGGGAGGUGUGAGCUGCGACCGAUGCAGAAGAGAGCUCUUGGGCCAGGUGGAAGCACAGGAGCUCGAACUCGAGCCUCGGGAUGCGUUCUGCCACUGCAGCCGCUGCUGGUUCGAUCUAUGCAGAAGCUGUGCACACAAGGAGAUGCAGGAGGUCUGGUGGGGGGAAGAUUGA